GGUUCAUUGACGUUUUAUCAACGUCCCAUUCUGCACUGUCCUUGUUACGCUGAUGUGGUUGCGUGCAUGCCCAACUGCUCGCCUGUCGUGUAAUGCGGGAACGCAGAGGGCAUUCACGGCAACAGCCUUCACAUCCUCGAGGCUUUUCCUCAGGACUGGUAGAAGUAAAGUGUUACAACUCGAAGGACAUGCAGGUGGCCGGUCACAGAUCUGGCGGCGACAAACAUCUUAACACAGCUACCGAUUCUAAUGACAUUUCACAGAAAGAGCAACGGAAAAGGGACUGGUCUAUAGUAAAGAAAUUGAUGGAAAACGUUUGGCCGAAAAACGACUGGAGCACACGAGGACGUGUCAUAUUGGGGUUUGGACUGCUGAUUUCUGGAAAGGUGCUGAACGUUCAAGUACCGCAACUAUUCAAGAACGUCAUUGACGCAUUGAACGUAGACAUAGCCUCUGAUUCCACCGUGUGGGUCAUCACAGGCUCUUUGAUUCUCGGCUACGGAGCCGCCAGAGUUGGAGCGACACUCUUUGGCGAGCUUUUGAAUGCCGUGUUUGCUAACAUCGGUCAACGUGCCAUUCGGAAGGUAGCUAGAGAAACCUUCGGACAUCUCCUCAACUUGGACUUGAGAUUUCAUCUCUCUCGCCAAACUGGAGGACUAACCCGAGCCAUUGAUAGAGGAACAAAGGGUAUCACAUUCAUGCUGCAGGCUAUCAUUUUCCGAAUAGUGCCAACUGCACUGGAAAUUUCACUGGUUUGUGGUAUCCUGACAUACAAGUUUGGAUGGGAUUUUGCCGCCAUUACGGCUGCAACACUAGCGGCGUAUACUUAUUUUACAGUUAGGACUACAUCGUGGCGGACACGUUUUCGCCGGGAGGCGAAUAAAGCGGAUAACAAGGCUGCCACAGUAGCUGUUGAUUCUUUGAUAAAUUAUGAGGCUGUCAAACAUUUUAACAACGAGAAGUUUGAAAUUGCACAAUACGACAAACAUCUCAAAGAAUAUGAGAAGUCUUCCGUGAAGAUCACCACCUCACUAGCAUAUCUUAAUUCUGGUCAGAAUAUAAUAUUUUCGAGUGCUCUCACAGCAACGAUGUUCCUCGCUGCACAGGGUGUAAUGAAGGGAACCAUGACCGUUGGUGACCUCGUCAUGGUCAACCAACUAAUAUUUCAGCUUUCCCUUCCUCUAAACUUUUUGGGAUCAAUAUAUCGCGAAUUACGCCAGAAUCUCCUGGACAUGGAAGUCCUGUUUAGUCUUCAGGAAGAGCAUGCACCAGCAAAGGACAUACCUGGGGCUAAACCUCUCGAACUCCGAGGUGGUUCUAUUCGCUUCGAGAACGUUAAUUUUGGGUAUCAUCCUGACCGUCCCAUAUUCCGUGAUCUAUCAUUCACCGUCCCCGCUGGGAAGAAAGUGGCCAUAGUGGGCCCAUCUGGUUGCGGCAAAUCAACUGUCUUCCGCCUAUUGUAUCGCUUUUACGACCCUUCAUCAGGACGCAUAUUUAUCGAUGAUCAAGAUAUCCACGAAUUGCAAAUGGAAAGCAUGAGGAAGUCAAUUGGUGUAGUCCCACAGGACACGCCACUCUUCCAUGCUGACAUCUUGCACAAUGUGAGGUAUGGACGAUUGGAUGCGAGCGAUGAAGAGGUAAAAGCUGCAGCUCAGAAGGCAAACGUGCAUGAUACUGUUGAAAGCCUACCGGAUGGCUAUAAAACAACUGUGGGUGAAAGGGGCUUGAUGAUAUCAGGUGGUGAGAAACAGAGGUUGGCCGUCGCGCGAGUGUUGCUCAAGGACCCACCAAUUCUCUUUUUUGAUGAGGCUACGUCUGCACUGGAUGGUCACACCGAAGCUGAGCUUAUGCGUAGCAUCAAUACAACACUCUUGGACAAGGCUAGAACGAGUAUUUUUAUCGCACACAGACUUCGUACCGUUGUUGAAGCAGAUCUAAUCAUUGUACUCAAGGAGGGUCAAGUUGCGGAGCAAGGAACGCACGAUGAAUUACUUCACAAAGGAGGGUUGUACUACACGAUGUGGCUGCAGCAAGCAUCAGAUACGUCUGGAAGCCCACUGGAAGCACCAUCUAUUCCAUAGCCCGGCCUCCGUCUACUGGUCAUCAAGUAUAUUGUGAUUGUACGACCUACAUCAUCAACGUACACAGAAUGUAACCCUUCACUCUAUUCGUCCCCUUAGCCAACUCAAUAAACCUUUGGUCCCCUCUCUCUCCCACACC